CUCCGGAACAGAGAGGGGCGGUGAUGCUCCUUUAAGCUGAGCCGACCGAAGAAGAAGAGAGGAGGCUUGUUUUGGUCUGUUAGCAGAACUAGCUGUUAGCAGUUAGAAGUUACCUGUUAUCAUGUCUGCCACAGAGGACGACACGGAGCUGCGGGACCUGCUGAUCCAGAACCUGGAGAACAACGGUCUGCUCAACAAGCUGAAGGCGGAGAUGAGGGCAGCAGUGUUCCUGGCCAUGGAGGAGCAGGACAAACUGGAGAACAAAACUCCCCUGGUCAAUGAGAACCUGAAGAAAUGUCUCAACACUAAAGACGGCCGUCUGGUGGCCGGUCUGAUCGUGGACUUCCUGCAAGUCUUUCACCUGGACUUCAGCCUGGCUGUGUUCCAGCCGGAGAUCAACUCUGUGAGUGGGGGGGUGAGCAGGGAGCAGCUGUGCAGAGAUCUGGGUCUGGGGGAGUGUGAGGGCAACAGGAAGAGCCCUCUGCUGCUGGAGCUGGUGAAGAGGGGCCAGGAGGUGCAGGCCUCUGAGGUCAGGAGGAGCCCUCCAGCUCUCCCAAAGGCGGAGGCGGGCUCUGUGGGAGGACACUUCCAGCCUCCCGACGGCCGGGAGCAGCAGCAGCAGCAGGAGAAGGAGCAGCAGGAGGAGGAAGGUGAUGACCACGAGGACGACGGAGACUCGUUCUUCGACGACCCGCUGCCAAAACCCCAGAAGACCUACGGCUGCCGAACGUCUCCAGUGGGAGGAAAGGACUCGGGUCAGAAGCUGAAGGAGGAGGCGCCCGGGGCCAGAGGGAGUCCAGCCGGGUCCCUGUCGGAGAACCAGAGACCUGGAGGGGGGGGCAGCAGCGCCUCGGAGCACAGCCACAGUAGGAACGGAGCGUCCAGACAGCGAGGCUGCAGGGACUCCAAGACCCCCAACGACAAAACUGCGUCUCUGCAUCUCGAGGGCGAGGAGGACUAUGAUGACGACUUCAACAGCCAUCGUUCAGAUCUGUCCCGGAGUGAGCUGAGCAUCGGAGAGGAGAUCGACGAGGUGUCCAUCGAGGGCCCGGAGACCAGCGACAAGCUGGAGGACGCCACGCAGGACCUGAGCGUCUCUCAGCUGUCUCUCAGUCACGGAGUGGAUUACAUGGAGGCGGUGCCCUGAGCUCCCACCAUGCACCUGUCCCUGCAUUCACCCCUGUACAGUUUGAUGAUGAAAUAAAUGAAUCUGUUGCACAACGA